AUGGAGGUGGGCGCGGAAACUGUAGUUGGACAGGGCCGUCUUCGGGAGCGGCGGGGCUUGAGCGAGGCUGGGAGGCAGGAGCAGAACUGCGAUGUGCAGCCCCAGUCCGGGUCAAACAUGAUUCCCAAACACUCCUACUGGUUAGACAUCUGGCUCUUCAUCCUCUUCGACCUGAUGGUGUUUUUCUUCGUGUAUUUUAUGCCCUGA